AUGACCGUUUGUCACUGCGGGUCUUGUCGCAAAGCGCAAGGACAUAGUUGCGUUGCUGUAGUAGUAGAUGCUACGCUUUUUAAAUGGACGCAUGGGCAGAAAUGCAUUAGAGAGUUUGAGUCUACGAUCGGGAAGAAAAGAGCGUUCUGUGAACGCUGCGGAACUCCUUUGUAUUCGCGUAGAGAUGAUCUUCCGACUGUCUUGAGACUACGGAUGGGAACAGUGGAUACACCCACUGACGCAACACCCGUUGCGCACAUUUAUGCCACAGACGUGCCAGCUUGGGCAGCACUGGACGAUGACAUUCCGCGGUACUCGGAACUAGAGCCAAGCCGAAUGUAG